AUGAGAAUCUAUAAGGAUAUUAUUACCGGUGACGAGAUGUUCUCGGACACAUAUAAAAUAAAAUUAGUCGACGAAGUGAUCUAUGAAGUCACCGGUAAAUUGGUGACUAGAUCACAAGGCGAUAUUAAAAUUGAAGGCUUCAACCCGUCUGCUGAAGAAGCGGAUGAAGGAACUGACGCUGCCGUUGAAAGCGGUGUUGACAUCGUAUUGAACCACAGGCUAGUGGAGACAUAUGCUUUUGGAGACAAGAAGUCCUACACAUUAUACCUUAAAGAUUACAUGAAAAAAUUAGUUGCUAAAUUGGAAGAGAAAUCUCCUGACCAAGUAGAAAUAUUCAAAACCAACAUGAACAAAGUCAUGAAAGACAUUUUAGGCAGGUUUAAAGAACUCCAGUUCUUUACGGGUGAAUCAAUGGACUGUGAUGGUAUGGUUGCCAUGAUGGAGUACAGGGAUAUUGAUGGAGUUUCCACACCUAUUAUGAUGUUCUUUAAACAUGGCUUGGAAGAGGAGAAGUUCUAA